GUUUCUGGAAAGAAAUGUUGGCUGACGAAAGUCUUGAGAGCAUUGAGACUGUGAACGGUAUUUUGAGGGCAUGUGUUGCAAGUCGGGAGAGUUUGUAUGCUCAAGAGGUGUACGAUACUCUGCCACGUCUUGGUAUCGAUUCCAAUAUCGAGUCAUUGGACCUGAUGUUGAGCCUCGCGGUAGCAGAAAUCCAAUAUCCAAGUGACAGGAGUCUGUUCCUGCAGGCAGUUCAUGAAAAAAUGAUUUCGAGUGAGAAACCUGUUUUUGAUCAGCGGAUUCUCAAGUCGAUUUUGACCAGUUUUGCUAAGAAGGGUGAUGCAGAUGGUGCAAUCCUGGCGAAGGGACUGAUAGGCAACUAUGGAUGUGUGCCUCGGGUUAAUGAAUACAACAGCAUUUUGCAUUGCUAUAUUCGCCUUCGGGAGAUGGAUAAAGCUAUUGACUGGCUUCAGGAGAUGAGGCGCUCAGGAGUUAGACCAGAUAGGUCAACAUAUGUGCUUUUAAUGCAAUCUUUUGCACAACAAAGAAUGCCCCGGCAUGCUGAGGCUCUCUUUCGACAGUUGCUACGCGAUGGAAUUCAGCCUGACCUUGCUGUCUGUAAUUAUCUUUUAAUGGCUUAUGAACAAGGGAGGAUGGAAAGGCGGUGUUUACAGCUAUAUAAAUCCAUGCUCAAUGACCGAUCCAUUGGUGUGGAUCAAAUCUCGUUUACUUGCAUGUUUAAUGCCAUCUUUCACAGUGAUAAGGCGCGACUAGAAGGAGGCGAAGGUCUUCAAGGCGAAGGCACAGUGCUGAAUGACCUUAGGUUCUUGAAUAAAAUCUCAGAACCUAUUGGCCAAUCUUUUAGGCCUACAUUGGAGAAUGAUGGAAGUCGAACUAUCAGUACGUCUGCAGCACCUAGUCGGCCCUCGUCUAACCCUUGCAUUGUGAAGAAGCAUUAUCAAUUUGACAAAAUUCCCUCAACAACGGAAUUUUUAAACCCAAGGACUCUUUUCCGAGAUAUGAUUAUUGUCGGGAUCCGACCUAGUCGCUCGCUCUACUCCAACAUUUUACGAGCCUUUUUUGCCUGGCAUGAUUAUGCAGGCGCAACAGUAGCACUUCAAGCGUUGAUAGAUCACUAUUCACUCAAACCGACGCCCAAGAUGAAUGCCAUCGUUGUCUCAUGGGUGCUUGAGGAGCAUAAUAGACGAAAUGAUAACAACGAAAACACCCCCAUUAGCAAAGGCGAACUGUCCAAACUAGUCAAUAUGAUGAGUCGGACACGUGGUCUUAUUCAGAUUCUUGAGAAGCUUGCAUAUGACCAGAAUUAUGGACAGGACUUUAAGACUGAGAAGAAUAUGGAUAAUUUAGCGCCUAUCUCUCUAUCACCAGAAGAUAAUACGACCACGACCGUUACAGGACCUCGAGCAAAUAGUAGAAUAGGAUUUCCACCACAGAAUCAAGGACAGAUUGCAAACCAGAUUGAAGCAGCUAAAAUGGAGAUGGGUGGCGAUCUUUUGGAGUUGUUCAGCACAAGCCCAAUUGCAGGAUCUUCAUGGAGUACGAAAAAGGAUGAUCCGACGCAAAUUGACCUUAAUGAUUUUGAGCGAUGGUUCCAGUUAUAUUCAACCAGAGCAAGCUAUGAUCGGUCAAGGAAAAGUAAAGAUGUCUCAACAUAACUCCUGCAUUCGCCAGAAUAUAG